UUUGUCUUCAACACGAAGCCGCAUCAAUCAUUCGGUGUGGAUUGUGGGCUAUACUUGCUUCAUUGCAUGGACGUAACCUUGAAGCACGUAGCGGCGGCUGAACCGCGAUUUAUUGAGGGCAAAUUGUGUCAAUGGACAUCGACAUACUUUAACGCAACAAAAGCAGCUACGUACCGCUCCCAACUCUACAACAAAGUUGCG